AUGCCUUACCAGCCUACCUACCCACGACAUCGCUACACCGUCCGAAGGAGCACUUUCUACUCCGAUAUGGAGAGACGCGCGCCACCAGAAUACGAGACCAUCGAAAUAAACGAACUUGCGCCUGUCGACACUCAGCCAUCGCGGCCAACUACCCAGGCAUCGAGAGGAGGGCCACCAGACCUUCAGGCCAGACAACGACGUACUGGAAGAAACGCACUCCCAGAGCCUGCCACUCAACCUAGACGAUGGCUGCCUGCGUUUAGAGGGUCAGAGAGAGAAUAUGGUACUGAAACUUUAGAAGACGCUCGAUGGGAGAUACGCCUUUACAUCAUCGUCAUCUAUUUCUUGCUCAUUUUUAUUGUCAUCAUGAACAUUCUCUACAAUGUCCUUUACAAUGUCUACUACGGUAGAGCAUUGCGCCGCUGCCAGAGCUAG